UUGUGGCGAAAAGUUCUUACGAGUGUCACCAUUUUUCACACAAAGUAAAUUUUUACACUGCGUUUAUUUCCUUCAUGAAAUUGACGUGGCAUUUGCAUUUUCCAUUCUAUAAUUAGUGAGAAUUGUAAUUGUUGUGUCUGCGGCUCACAUUGGUGAUACAUUGGAGCAAUGGGACUCACAAUAUCCAGCCUAUUUUCACGUCUCUUCGGCGAGAAACAGAUGCGAAUUUUGAUGGUGGGUCUCGAUGCUGCUGGGAAGACAACAAUCCUGUACAAGCUAAAAUUGGGAGAAAUUGUCACGACCAUUCCAACGAUUGGCUUCAAUGUUGAGACUGUUCAAUACAAAAAUAUCUGCUUUACUGUAUGGGAUGUUGGUGGUCAGGACAAAAUCAGACCCCUCUGGAGACACUAUUUCCAGAACACACAGGGUCUCAUCUUUGUGGUGGAUUCCAAUGAUCGAGAACGUGUGGGAGAGGCUGAAAAAGAAUUGCAGAAUAUGCUGACAGAAGAUGAAUUAAAGGAUGCUGUAAUAUUAAUAUUUGCCAAUAAACAAGAUUUGCCCAAUGCAAUGACGGCGGCUGAGCUCACGGAUAAGUUGAAUCUUAAUCAAAUGAGAAAUCGUCGCUGGUACAUUCAGGCAACCUGCGCCACCCAAGGACAUGGUCUGUAUGAGGGGCUAGACUGGCUGUCCAAUGAGUUGGUUAAGAAAUAAGAUAUCUCACCAAUUUUUUUUUUGUAAUGUAUUAAUUGAUCAGCGAGUCCCGGUGAAUUUAAUGAAAGAAAAAAAGAAAAAUCCCAAUUAUGGCACACAGAUGUGUACGUAAAUUUAUUUUAAAAAUAAUAUGUCUUAGAUACUA